AUGGUAGAGCUUAUCCAAACACCAUAUGUAUUUAAUGGAGUGAAGUUAGAGUUUUUAAGCGCGUUACCCUAUAUUUUUGUGACAGGUCGGUUCAUUACAUCUUUGAUUGUUCCGUUUCUAUUUUCAAAACAAAAUAUAAUAUUCAUAAAAACCAUAUCUGAAAUUGAUUCUAUAUUGGGUAUUAAUGAAGAAUUUUAUUCUAAAUGUAAACGUAAAACUAUCAUUAAAAUCUGUACGCUUGUGGUUUCUGUUAGCUUAAGUAUAACAUACGAAAUGUAUGUCAACCAACAGCUAUCAGGUAUAUUAUGGUGCAUGGCAGUCAUUGCGUUUGCGCAGAAAUUACAAGUGGUAUUCUUCUCCACUUACAUUAAUAUGAUAACAGAGAGAAUAAAUGUACUGAAUAAUCAUUUACGAAAUUUCACCCCUAACAAAAAGGGCAUAGUUAUAAAGAACACUUCACAAUUGUAUUACAUUGGUUGUAAAGCUGAAAACUUCUCAAUAAAAUCAUUAUCGAUCGCUUACAGUUUGAUGUCGAAUAUGAUAGUAACGAUUAACAGAAUUUUCGAAAUCAACAUUUUCCAAACGCUGAUAUCAAAUUUUUUUUACAUAAUCAUAAAUAUAUGGGCAUAUAUUUAUUACUAUCGAAUGUUAAAGGAUUCGACAUCUUUCGUAAGUAACCUAUUUUGGUGUAUUGGCGAACUAUUUUUUCUUGCCCUGAUAUGCUACGUCUGCGAGAAAGUUGUUACCAUACAAAAUGAGACAAAGAUUCUUGUAAAUGAAAUUAUUAUGAAUUACAACUUCUCUACCAAAACUCGGGGCCAAGCUAAAACAUUACUUGAAGUAGCGAGUGCUUGGAAAUGGAAUAUAACCGCAUAUGGAAUGUUUGAAAUGAACAUUACACUCUUACUGAAGUUUGUUGGUGUUGCCACUACUUAUUUAAUAUUUCUUUGCCAAGUGUCGCAUUUUGUUUAGCAUUUUAUAU